AUGGUUGUGAAGUUAACCCCUCGCCUCCAGAAGCAGUCCACCUUCAUGAGGGCACUGCUUCAAGUUAGACUCAAGCUGGCUGCCACCCUCCGCUUCCUAGCCACUGGAAAUUCCUAUCCAAGUCUGCAGUACAGUUUCAGGGUUGAAGCAAGUACCAUCUGCAAGUGCAUACCUGAGGUGUGUAAAGCCAUCAUCGCGGUCUACAAGGACGAAGUGCUAAGCUGCUACAAAACUGAAGAGGAGUGGAAGGACGUUGCUGCCAGGUUCAGCUCCAGAUGGAACUACCACAACUGUCUGGGGGCUGUGGACGGCAAGCACAUCGCAAUUAAGAAGCCACCCAAUGCCGGCUCUUACUACUACUACUACUACUACUACUACAAGGGCUUCCACAGCAUUGUACUGAUGGCAGUGGCAGAUGCUACCUACAAGUUCCUCUAUGUGCAUGUUAGGGCAGUGGGUGGUGCGUAG